AUGCCCGGCGAAGUCAUCGACCAUCCAAAUCCGGCGCCGUUACCUUCGCACUUGCCUGAAUGUUUAGAGAAAUUGGAGGUUCGGCUUCCCUCAGAAACUCUUAAUCAAGAAGCAUGCGAUGUCUUGUUGAAAUUCCGGAAAGCAGCCUCGUACAUCGCAGCAGCGAUGAUAUUUUUGCGGGAUAACACUCUUUUAAAGAGAGACCUCACCGCUGAUGAUAUCAAGCCUCGAUUGCUUGGACAUUGGGGAACAUGUCCUGGUCUGAUUUUGGUGUAUUCUCACCUCAAUUAUCUGAUCAAAACAAGGGACCUUGAUAUGCUCUACGUGGUUGGCCCAGGACAUGGCGCCCCUGCAAUAUUGGCCUCCCUAUGGCUGGAAGGCUCCCUGGAGAAGUUCUACCCAAAGUAUUCUCGGGACUCUCAAGGUCUUCACAAUUUGAUAUCCUCAUUUAGCACAACGGCCGGGCUCCCAAGUCAUAUCAAUGCUGAAACGCCUGGAGCUAUUCAUGAAGGUGGCGAACUGGGGUAUGCCUUGGCUGUAUCCUUUGGUGCUGCCAUGGAUAACCCCGAUCUUAUUGUUCCUUGUGUUAUUGGAGAUGGCGAAGCUGAAACCGGUCCCACAGCUACCUCUUGGCAUGCAAUAAAAUACCUAGAUCCCAAAGAAUCUGGGGCUGUUCUACCCAUCCUUCACGUGAAUGGUUUCAAAAUUAGCGAGCGCACGAUAUUCGGUUGCAUGGAUAACAAAGAGCUCGCGGCCCUGUUUUCUGGAUACGGAUACCAGGUCCGCAUUGUGGAAAAUAUUAAUGAUAUUGACACAGAUCUACACUACUCGAUGGCCUGGGCUGUGGACCAAGUUCAUAAGAUACAGCAUGCUGCUCGAUCUGAUAAGCCGAUUCUUAAGCCCAGGUGGCCAAUGCUUGUUUUACGCACCCCAAAGGGAUGGUCCGGACCUAAGCAACUUGAUGGUCACUUUAUCGAAGGUUCUUUUCACUCCCAUCAAGUACCAUUGCCAAAGGCCAAGACCGAUAAAGAGCAGCUACGCCUCCUACAGAGCUGGCUUUCUAGUUAUCAACCCCGGGAGCUUUUCACAGAGACAGGCGACGUUGUUGACGAGAUCAAAUCCGUUAUCCCAACCAAUAAUUCGAAGAAGUUGGGCCAGCGCAUUGAGUCUUACAACAGCUACAUCGCACCGAAGCUUCCAGACUGGCAAAAACUUUGCGCCAAAAAGGGGACGGAUGAGAGCGCCAUGAAAGCAGUCGGCAGAUUCAUCAAUGAGACAUUUAUCCAGAACCCCCGCAAUGUUCGACUCUUCUCACCUGAUGAGCUGGAGAGCAACAAGCUUGACGCUGUCUUUGAGAGUACCAACCGCAGCUUCCAGUGGGAUGAAUUUGCCAAUGCACGUGGGGGUCGGGUAGUUGAGGUUCUCAGUGAACACUUGUGUCAGGGUUUCCUGCAGGGGUAUACCCUGACUGGUCGCACGGGUAUCUUUCCAUCGUAUGAGAGUUUCCUCAAUAUCAUUCACACUAUGAUGGUGCAGUACGCCAAGUUCACUGGGAUAGCUAAGGAAACCCAAUGGCGUAAUCCCAUCAGCAGUAUCAACUAUAUCGAGACCAGCACUUGGACACGCCAGGAGCACAAUGGAUUCUCCCAUCAAAAUCCCUCGUUCAUCGGGUCUGUCCUUAAUCUGAAACAUACGGCUGCUCGCGUCUAUCUGCCACCAGAUGCAAAUACCUUCCUCACGACGAUCCACCACUGCUUGAAGUCAAAAGAUUAUGUCAAUCUGAUGAUUGGUUCCAAACAGCCGACACCCGUAUACCUGACGCCGGAGGAAGCAGAAAAUCAUUGCCGGACAGGAGCGUCUAUCUGGAAGUUCUGUAGCACAGAUGACGGACUAAAUCCCGACGUGGUGCUAGUGGGUAUUGGUGUUGAGCUCAUGUUUGAAGUUAUUCAAGCUGCUGCACUUCUACGACAGCGUAUCCCAUCGCUCCGUAUCCGCGUGGUCAAUGUGACUGAUCUUAUGAUUCUUGGUAACGAAGGACAACAUCCUCAUGCGCUGAAGUUGGAGGCAUUCGACAAUCUUUUCACCGAGGAUAGGUCCAUCCAUAUCAACUACCAUGGCUACCCGGCUGAAAUGAAGGGGCUAUUAUUUGGUCGGCCCCGACUUGAACGAGUCUCAAUUGCAGGAUACAUAGAAGAGGGUAGCACGACCACUCCCUUCGAUAUGAUGCUAGUGAAUCGCACCUCACGCUACCACGUUGCGCAAGCGGCUGUACGUGGUGCGGGAAAGUACAACGAAAAAGUUCGCAUCCGUCAGCAUGAACUAGAUAUUGAGUUCCAGCAUAAUAUUGUUCAGACCAGGAAGUACAUAAUCGAACACCAAGAGGAUCCGGAUGAGAUGUACGCUAUGCCAACAUUCAGAUAG